GCUCAGCCUGAUAGGACAAGUUUGCUGACAGGGUGGACACAGUGAGAGUGGCGCCCCGGGGCCAACAAGCAGGAGGCCAGAUGCAGCACAGCCAGCGAGAUCCGGGAGAUGCAAGGCAGCGGGAGAAAAUUGGUCACGACAGCCUCAGCCAGGAGAUAUGAGCCCUGCUGUCCUGCAGCCUGUCAGCGAGUGAAGCAAGGCUGUGCUGAGUUUGUGAACAUCCUCCUCGGACCCCCUCCCCUUGGGAUGCAGCCCUUUCUGUUCCUGCCCAGCAUGCCUGAGAAGGCUGGCAACAGGCCCAAAGGUGGCCAGAGUCCCCAGGAGGUGCUCCCCACUGCCCAGGAACCUCUAAAAGGCACCAGGUAAGAAGUGGGGUCUGCCACGGACAAGCCCUGGGCCCUGGCCUUUGUCAAACAUGUGCCGUAGCCAGGCCAUGGUGGCUCACGCCUUUAAACCCAGCACUUGGGAAGCAGAGGCAGGCAGAUCUCCGUGAGUUUGAGGCCAGCCUGGUCUACAAAGUGAGUCAAGGACAGCCAGGACUAGACAAAGAAACCCUGUCUCGAAAAACCAGACCAAACAAACAAAAAAGACAUGUGCCUUAGCUGCCUCUAGGCUUUCAACUCAAAGGGCACCAUGGUGAGGGGGUCU